CAGUCUUUAUCUAUUUGUAUCUUCUGAACUUAAUACUAGGAAUGACUUAGUCUGGUGUCAUGUAGGCAGACCAUGAUUCCUUCAUUCUAUCAUGAUCUGUUGUUUCUUGUGUGCACAAGACUUCAAUCUUGACAGCUGUGACUCCCUGUCCUUCAGAGCUUUAGGUUUCCCUUUAAAUUGUGAUAAAUGAUGGAUAUGUACAAGAAACAUAAUAGAUCUAGGCAUUCAUUGUCAUUCAACUAGUAGGCAUCUUUGUUUGAACUACUAUUUGUUUUGAAAUGUUAUAUGAGUGAGGCUGUAUAAAUGGUGGGUUUUUAUGUGAAACAUAACUUGGUGUAUAAGAAAUUGCUUAUUUUUACAUAAUUAGGUCUUACUUUUGAUUAUGAGUACAUACAGUAAAUCCUUUACACUACGUGGCUCACAUGUAUAAUAAGUAGUAUAUGUAAAUUUGGGUCAGUGCUCACAUUGUUAUUAAAAUCACUGUUUGUUACAGAAGAAUCUGGAACAUCGCUGAAUAUGUCUGCUGUUAAAGGAGAAAAACCAUUUAUUUGCCCUGAGUGUGGACAGGGAUACCGUAGGAAAGGCAACUUCAGUUUGCACAUGAAGACCCAUUCUGAAAGCAAACCUUUUUCAUGCUCGGAAUGUGGGGAAGGGUUCCUCCUAAGAUGUCAUUGGUUCGAACACAUGAAAACUCACACCGGAGUGAAACCAUUUACAUGUUCAGUGUGCCAGAAAGCAUUUAGGUAUAAAACAAAUCUGAAAAAGCAUUUGAGAGAUCACACCGGUGAGAAACCAUAUACCUGUGAUGAGUGUGGGCAGGCAUUCAGGAAAAGGUGGCAGUUUAAUUUGCACAUGAAAACUCAUGGUGAUCCCAAACCACAUAGGUGUUUGGAGUGUGGAAAGGGAUUUGCCAAGAAAGUGAAUUGUGAAGAUCACAUGAAAGUUCAUACAGGCGAGAAGCCACACAAGUGCAGUGAAUGUGGAAAAGGCUUCAUUUGGAAAGGAAAUCUUACUGCACAUAUGAGAACACAUACCGGAGAAACUCCCUUCAGCUGCAAAGAAUGUGGAAGAGGAUUUAAGAGAAAAAGUCAUCUCCAGGCGCACACGAUUUCCCACUUGAAGCAGAAACAGAAACCACUUAGUUGUACAGUUUGUCCAAAAACAUAUACCCGGAAGGAUUAUUUAGAAAAAAACACAUGAAAAUUCAUACUGUAGGAUCUCCAUUUAAGUGUACUGAGUGUGGAAAGGUAUUUGACAAAACGUCAGAUUUAGAUGAACACAGGGCAAUUCAUAUUGGUGACAAGGCGUUUGUUUGUAAGGAGUGUGGAAAAGGAUUUAAUUGGAUUGCCAAUCUCAAUGCACAUAUGAAAACACAUACUGGAGAAAAACCUUUCACUAGUACAGAAUGUGGUGAGAGCUUCUUGCUGAAAGGACAGCUGAGUGAGCACAUAACAACGCAUUCACCAUUUAAAUGCAAAGAAUGUGGUAAAGGGUUUCAUUACGAGGUAAAUCUAAAUGUUCACAUGUUAACACACACUGCCAAGGAAAUUGUCAAGAAACCAAAAGAGGAGUUUAUUCCUGAGGUGAUUAUUGAUGAACACAACUCAUCCAUAGCUCAGGAACUUAAGGAAAAUUUAGAAGCGUACGUAGGCAUAAAGGAUCAUACAACAACUAAGGUCAAAGCAAAGCCUUUCAUUUGUAAAGUUUGUGGAAAAGGUUUUAGCUGGAAAGGGUAUUUUGAUAUGCACAGGAGAAUUCAUACUAGGGGAAAGCCUUUCUUAUGUUCAAUAUGUGGGAAAGGAUUUAUUCAAAAGGGUCAUUGUGAUGAGCAUAUGAGAACACAUACAGGAGACAAACCUUUUAUCUGUGGUAGUUGCGGGAAAGGUUUCUCAAUUAAAAGCAAUUUAACAAUGCAUAUGAAAGGUCAUUCAAGUGAAAAGCCAUUCAGUUGCUCUUAUUGUGGAAAGGAAUUUAAUAAGAAAGUUCACCUUAAUUUGCAUGUGAGAAAUCAUGUGGGUAAGCCAUUUACAUGCCUGGAGUGUGGCAAAGGAUUUAUCCAAAAGAGCCAUCUUUCUGAACAUAUGAGGAUUCACCGAGGGGUCAAGCCUUUUGUUUGCUCAGUGUGUGGGAAGAGCUUUGCUUGGAAAGGAAAUCUUAACGUACACAUGAGAACUCAUACAGGAGAGAAACCAUUCUCUUGCAGUAUAUGUGGAACAAGAUUUGCUCGUAAAAGCCAUCUUGAUGAACAUGAGAGAGUUCAUACUGGAGACAAACCCUAUUUCUGUAAUGAAUGUGAAAAGGCCUUUAUUCGGCAGCAGGACCUUCGAAGGCAUAUGAAAGUCCAUGGAAAAAAGAAAAUAGUAAUUUCUGAAUUUCGUGGUAAGAAAUCUGUUAAAUCUGGAAAGUGCAAAAAAACUCCAUCAAAAUUUCAGGUACUUAACUGUAAAGAUUGUGGAGAAGAUUUCAAGACAAUCAGUGACCUUACAGGGCAUUUGUUAAUUCACAAAGACUUCAAAGGUAAUACUAUUUCAGAGGUUAAAGAAGAGUGUGAGUAAAAAGAACCAAAUCACUUGUAUGAUUGAGUGUUACUUGAUAAGCAUUGUACAGCAUUAGAAAAACAGCCACAGUUAAAAAUUUGUUCUGGAACUUCCCAAAUGUUUCCUAGAUGUUUAAUUGAGUGAAUAAUCUGAGGACAGUUUUGGAUGUAACUCUUCCUUCAUAAUAACUAAUUAUUGUAUUUCAGUUUAUACAGUGUUGCUAUCCCUGCAGAGAUUAGUAAAUCUGUCAAACAGUAGUAUGUACAUAUUAAGUAUGCUGAUGGUAGUGAUGGGAACACUGUGAUUGCAAUUCUGAUGGUGGUACAGAGUAUUACCAAUUUCUGUUGAAUCAAAAAAGCAAAUGACAAUGUUGUUUAAAGAUAGACCUUUAGAGUUUACAUUUAUAUAACUGAAGAAUCCAACUGCAUAUAGGUUGACCAAACUGGAUCAGCUGCAGAUGAUGCUAUUGACUAUGAGGUCAUACAUGUAAAUAGCCCUGAGCCAUAGAAUCCCCAACUGAACCAAGCUAGUUACCUCAAAGUCUGCACCACCAAGACAAUACCAUCUGAAAAUUUCUAUCUUUUAAGUUCAUAUCCUGCAGGUUAUUGUGUCAUUGAUUUUCCUCCCACCCCUGAUCAAUUGCAAGUAUUUAUUUAUUUGUUCAUUGUAAUAGUUAUGUGGAUAUUUUUUUUUGUCUGGGGACCUUGCUUUGUUUAACUUGUGCCAAAAGAACUGCAUCAUAUAAAAUGUUGUGUUGUCUUUUGCUGUCAAUUUUGUAAAUAUAUGUGAAACCAGUGAAAUUAUAGUUCCUAUGUAAUUAAUUCCUGUACUAUUCAAUUAUUAUGUCUUGUUCUUGAAUACUGUACUGGAAAAUUUUAUUAAAGCAAGAAUUUGAUUCUCA